CCGGCUUGAAGCAGCUCGUCAGACCCACAAGCUUGCCGUUGGAGCCCUUCAGGCGCGUCUACUCAAAACUUUCUGCUCAAGAACACCCACCUGCCCACCCCAAACCCAUCCACCACGCCAAACUACCAACCAAUUCCCCACAUAGAAACUUGAAAGACAAGAGCCAUGACCACAUUAUUCUCUGCGAUCGUCAAGCCUGACAAGCCACUGCUCUACCUAUGUGAUGAGAGUACCCACAUCACCAACAUUGCCGUUUGUCCGAUCACCAACGGCAAGAAACCUGCCACUUUGAGCACGAUCCCGCCUUUUGUUACUAUCCUCAAGCUGCAGUACGAAGGCCCAGUAGUCGAAGGCGAGAACGACGACGACGAUGACAAGGAGAAUGUUAACUCUAGCAAACCAACCGCGGGAAAGCCUGACAAGAAGCAAGCCAAGAAAGCACAAGACAGCGAUGAUGCAGGAGAGGAGGAAGACGACGAAGAUGAUGAUUCUGAUUUCUCUGGGAUGGACAUCGAAGCCAAGGAAGUUGUUGUUGGAUGCUUUACCCCCAACAUUUUGCAACUCACAACCGACCUUUACCUCGCUCCCAACGACCAAUAUCGAUUUGUGAUCACUGGUAGCGCUGAAUACGAAGUCCAUCUCUUGGGUCGCUACAUCUCAGACUCCCUUGAUGAGGAUCCCUCUGAUUUCGACAGUGAAGGCGACUCGGAGGACGAAAUGGAUGAACUCUUAUUAGAUGAGAUCUCUACCGAUGAGGAAGAUGGCGAGGGUCCCAGAAUCGAGGAGAUCGAAGACGAUGACGAGCAAGCCUCCAAGAAGGCCAAGGCAACCAAGAGCAUCACUGCGGCUCCCGCCAAGAACGAAGCCAAGUCAAACAAGCCCACUGAAGACAAGAAAUCAAACAAGAGGCCUCUAGAAGACAAAGAAGCCGACGGUGACGUCUCCAUGGCCGACAGCGCCGCUGGCACAACUGACGGCCAACCCAAACUAUCCAAGUCGCAGCGCAAGAAGCUCAAAAAGGCCCAACAAGCCGAUGCACCUGGUGGUGCCAAGGAGAACGAUGGGGAAGCCAAAGCGGCUGACGCCAAGAAGUCGCCUGCCAAAGAGGCCGCCAAGACACCGUCGACCGUCACCUUACCUUCGGGCCUCAAGAUUAUCGACACCAAAGUAGGCCAGGGUGCCGAUGCUAAGGCUGGACAAUCCGUCUCGAUGCGUUACAUCGGUAAACUCAACAACGGCAAGGUCUUUGACUCGAACACCAAGGGCAAGCCGUUCAACUUCAAACUCGGCCGCGGUGAAGUCAUCAAGGGAUGGGACGAAGGUAUCAAGGGCAUGAAGUUGGGUGGCGAGCGCAAACUGAUCGUUCCCGCCAACCUUGCUUACGGCAAGAGUGGAGCACCCCCGGAUAUCCCACCUAACUCGGUCUUGACCUUUGAGGUCAAAUUACUAGCAAUCAAAUGAUUAACUCGUCCUUGAGCCAGUCACUUGAGCUGACAAUACCAACCGAUCUUAGAUCAUCAUUCUCAUCCUCUACGGAUCGUUUAAUCGGCAUCAAUAUGUACUUUCCAUCAUCACAACUUAAGAUCCCCAAACCCUAUAAAAUCGUCUCUUUCUUUUUCUCUCUCCUUUUCUUUUGAUUCAGACUCCCAUGCAACCUACCAUGAUGGCUACUAUCUACUUCUCCAAUUCAUCGCGUCCCUGUUCAGAUGAUUUGUUUGCCAAUUUCCCAUUAAACAUGUCACACACUCGGGGCUCAGUGGAUCAGUUGUAUGCACCCUGUUCGGGUAUUGUGAUUGUUUGCCAGUUGCACUUCUCACGCCUUCUCCGGACCUCAAAGACCAGUGUGGUCUCCUGUUUUUCCUACAACUCUUAUCAAUCGGGCGCCACAGCUCGAACUCCCCAGCUUCAUCAUUUACGCGUGUGAUGGCCGGUAUUUCUAUAGUGAUGAUUGGUUGAAUGACAAGAAUGCUUCAAGAGGACGAUUCUAGCUAAGCUAAGAAACCUAAAAGCAGCUAAAAGCUAAUCAACCA